AUGGCGGACGACGAGGGAGAAACGCUGCUGGGGGUGCGCGCCGCCUUCCCCGCGUCGUUCGGCCGCCAGGAGGAGCGCGUCACGCCGCUCGAGGCCGUGCACGCGCAGACGGCGCGCGCACCUGCGGAGCGCGCCGGGGUAAAGGGGAAGAAGAAGGCUGCGGGGAUGAAGUUCAGCAUUGGGCCGAGCCUAGCGAAGAGGUUAGGCGACGGGGCCAAGGCAGGGCUGGCGGGAACAGCAGCGGUGGGAGCAGCGGCGGUAGGAGCGGCAGGCGCUAGAGGUGUGGUGGAAAGGGGAGGGGCAGGCGGAGGAGCAGAGCGUGCGGCGGAGAUGAAGCGACGAGGGGCGGGUGGGGCACACGGGGAGGCGGGUGGGGCACACGGGGAGGCGGGUGGGGCACGAGCGGUGAGGGAUGGAGGUGCAGCAGAUGGACGGGGAGCAGCGGUGGUGCAGUGCGAGGGCGAGGGCGAGGGCGAGGGCGAGGGGCAUGCGGUGAUCGGCCCUCCGCGCCCGCCAGGCCGCUUGGAGGACGGUGGUGGCGGCCUGAUUGGGCCUCCUGCCCCUGCUGCUGCUGGCAGCAGACAGCAGCAUGGUGGGCGGAAGAAGAGCCGUGUGGCAGGGCGGCAGGACGAGCAGAGGAGCGAUGGGAGUGACGAGGAUGAUGAAGAGGAGGGCGCAGAGGCAGGGGAGGAGGAAGAGGACGAGUUUGGAGUGCCGUUGAGCAAUGAGAUUGUGCUGAGGGGACACACCAAGGCAGUGGCGGCGCUGGCGGUGGAUCCAACGGGCUCGCGGGUGAUCAGUGGCAGCUACGACUACUCGCUGCGCUUCUACGACUUCCACGGCAUGGACUCGCGCCUCAAAGCCUUUCGCGACCUCGUGCCCUUUGACGGCCACCAAGUGCGCGCCGUGUCCUUCAGCCCCUCCGCUGACCUCUUCAUCACCGCCACUGGCAACGCCCAGGCUAAGGUGUACGACAGGGAUGGGCGCAGCAAGGGCGAGUUCGUGCGGGGGGACAUGUAUAUCCGCGACCUGCGCAACACCAAGGGGCACAUCGCGGGGCUCACCACCGCGCAGUGGCACCCGUGCGAGCGCCACACAGCGCUAACCGCAUCCGAUGACGGCUCGUUGCGCAUCUGGGAUGUGCGAGACUUCAAGUCGCAGAAGAAGGUGGUGAAGCCGAAGCUGGCGCGGCCGGGGAGGGUGCCGGUGACAGCAGCGGAGUGGGGGCCUGAUGGCCGCCUCGUGGCUGCUGGCCUCAACGAUGGCUCGCUGCAGAAAAACGGGGCAUGUGAGGCGUGUAUGGUAGUGGCGUUGCCUUAG